GAGCUCUGGAGGCUUUGGGCCCAGCCUGGGGACCAUGCAGCGGGAUGUGGGCAGCUUUCCCCUAGCCCCUGGCCUCAGGGCUAAGCUCAUCGGAGCCGGGUUCCAGACGGCCCAGGAGCUGCUAGAGAUCGGGCCCUGCGAGCUCAGCAAAGAAAUUGGAAUCUCUAAAGAGGAGGCACUAGAAACCUUGCAAAUUGUAAGAAGAGAAUGUCACAGUAAUGCAACAAAGACUGCUGAUGAUCCGGAAGCUGUUGGGAAGUGCACAGCACUAGAACUCUUGGCACAAGAACAGGCACAAGGCUUCAUCAUCACCUUUUGUUCAGCUUUAGAUGAUAUUCUGGGAGGUGGUGUGCAACUAACAAAAAUCACGGAGAUCUGUGGAGCACCAGGUGUUGGGAAAACCCAGUUAUGUAUGCAGCUGGCAGUAGAUGUGCAGAUUCCAGAAUGUUUUGGGGGGCUUGCUGGAGAAGCAGUUUUCAUUGAUACAGAGGGAAGCUUUAUGGUAGACAGAGUGGUAGACAUUGCAACUGCCUGUGUUCAGCACUGCCAGCUUAUUGCUGAAACACAUCAGGAAGAAGACUUUCAAAAAUCCCUGGAGACUUUCUCGCUUGAAAGUAUUCUUUCUCAUAUCUAUUACUUCCGUUGUCAUGACUACACAGAGCUGCUAGCACAGGUCUACCUCCUCCCAGACUUCCUUUCAGAGCAUUCAAAGGUCCGAUUGGUUAUUGUGGAUGGAAUUGCCUUUCCUUUUCGCCACGACUUUGAGGACCUCUCACUGCGAACGCGGCUUCUGAAUGGCUUAGCACAACAGUUGAUCAGCAUAGCAAAUGCUCAUAAAUUAGCUGUAGUUUUGACAAAUCAAAUGACAACAAGGAUUGGACAAAGUCAGUCCAUGUUGGUACCUGCUUUAGGGGAAAGCUGGGGACAUGCUGCUACCAUCCGUUUAAUCUUCCACUGGGACAACAAACAGAGGUUGGCAACAUUGUACAAAUCACCGAGUCAGAAGGAGUCGACCAUACCUUUCCAUAUUACACCUCAUGGCUUCCGGGAUGUGCAUCCUCCACCUCCAAGCCAGACCCCAGCAGAAGUUGAAAUUAACCCUCGAAAACGGCCACGGAUAGAAGGGGACAAACAAUAGUGAUACAAAGGAUAAACUUCAACAAAGGGGCUUCAGCUUCUUUAGUUGAAGAAUAUUAUAGCUGCUACUUGUAUGUCUGAGCACGAGAGAGAGAGAAACACUUGCUCCAUGGAACAAUGGGAUCCAAUUCAGUACAUCAGAUGACAGUCUUGAUCAUGCAUUCGCUUCUGUGUGCAGCUGAACUUCAAUAGGGCUCCAUGCAACGGUCUGUCCAUAUGGAACAAGCUGCAGGAUAAGGGCCUCAGUCAAUGGAACUGAAGCACCUGCUUAAAGAUAAGAAUGUGUUUAAGUGCUGUGCUAAAUCAGGGCUUUAGCCCUUAACUACUGUGAUGUCCAUGUUGGAGACCAAUCAAAGCUUUCUAACAGCUGAAGCAUUUGUUACUGGCCAUGGUCCGAGACAGCAUACUGGAGCAGAAGGACAUAGGAAUUGCUGUACUGGAUAAAACCCAAUCUUGGUGAAUGGAAAACAUUUGAGGUCUAAUCUACAUGGCUGGAUAGUCUUCAGCCUCUGUUCUAUCUUUCUUCUAAUAGAGGAUUUAGUAUGGUGAUCCUAAUCACUAGGGCAUGUUUUGUUUGUAGUCCUAAUUUAAUUUAGAGAAGAGAGAUGGGUUUCUUAAAAGACAGCAAUGUACUAGCAGCUCCAAAAUCUAAACGGAAGGGAAGAACAUAAAUGUACCCACUGAAAAUGCAGCAAAGAUCUGGUCUCUUCCACAGAAAAUAAACCUUGAAUGACUGAAUGGCAAUUCAAAAUAUUAAUUAUUGCAAGAACAUGGGGAGGGGGCUGGUUACCAUAAUAUCUGGAUGCAUUUUAUAAGGUUUAGAUACAAAAGCAAAUAUUUACCACAAGGGGAGUAUGUAUGUAUUACUUGACACCCUUGAAGCACAGAACUUGCUAACUUGAUUGCUGGGGAAACCUAGCCAGCAGCCUAAAUAGGAGAUUCAAGUUGUGGGAGUCAGUAGCUAUAAUUUUUAAUUUAGUAAUUCAUCCUAAAAUUGACUUUGCUUUGAAACAAAAUUCAGUGCUGAAUGUGAAUCACAAAACCUCCUUCUUUAUUUAAAAUGCUGAAAAAGAGAGUGACAGUGAUUUCUGGAUCAUUAUAGUGUUUAGAUGUAAUUUGCAUAAUACAAUACUGAGGGGAAAAUAUUCAGGUGCCAUCAUGAGAAUCAGGUAUUGUCAAAAUGAAAAAUCCAUGAAUCCGGGAGAGCUAUGUCGCAGAGGAAGAAAGACGGCAGGGCUUGUGACUCAGACAAACAUUGCAAUGCAGGAGACACAGGCAAACAAAAGGAUUCUACCGCAUCUGAUGUCAGCAACCAAAUGCUUCAUUUGGGAAUAAUAGCUUCCUACGUCUUGCAGUGCUAGAGAAGGGGCAGUCUGACACAGUGCGCAUGCCUGCUUAGCCACAUGGAAAACUGCAUUGAUUAAGGGUCUUGUAGCACCAUUUUUAAAAGCACUGGAUUACUACUGAUGUAGAUACUGAUGGUUGCUACUCUGUAAGGAUAUUUAUGAAAAAAGUCUUCUCUGUUUCAGUUAAUUUACCUUAUUCUAGUUUAAAGUAUGCAACAAUUUCUCUAUCUUCAAGGGGAGUAUUUAAAGAUCUCUCAUAUUUAAUGCUAAAUUCAGAUUACUUAUUUUUAUUACAGUUAUUACAGUAGCACUUGGAGACCGCACCUGAGACCAGGGUUCCAUUAUGCUAGGCAUUGUACAUAGAAUAGUCCUUCCUCUGAAGAGCUUACCAUCUAAAUAGAUAAGACAAACAAAGCAUACCGGGGAAACAGAAGCACAGAGAGGUAAAGUGACUUGCACAAGGUCACACUGCAGAUCAGUUGCAGAGUUGGGAUAGAAGGUAGGUCUCCUAACUCUUAAUGCAGUACAGUACACUGGAUCACAUUAUCCAUAGCAUUUUUCAUCUAAAGAUCUCAGUCAAUUACAAAUGUCAGUUAAGCCUUACAACUCCUAAACAAUGUAUUCCACCUUGUAUUUAGGGGUGAGACUCUGAGUACAUUUCCAUGACCUAGAGAAGAGUUGUGUGUAAGCUUGAAAGCUAGUCUUGCUCACUAACUGAAGCUGGUCCAAUACAAGAUAUUACCUCACCCACCUCGUCUCUCUAAACUCCUAGGUGAGUCAUUUCAUCCCCAUUUUCAGAUGGGAAAGUUGAGAGGUAGAAAAAUUAAAUUGUCUAAAGUCACACAGUUUAACUAGCAUCACUGGGAAUAAAACUCAAGCCUCCUGACUCCCAAUCUGUUCCUCUAAUAAUUAAAUACACUCCCUCUGAUUUUACAAGAAUAUGUAUUUACACUAAUAUGUAUUUUUAUAUUGUUUUGUUGCCUAAAUAUCAAGGGAGACCUGUUUGGUGUAGAAGUGUUCAGAACAUUAGUUUUAUGCAAGAAAAUAUAGCUUCUGGUGUCAACCAGAUUAAUUUUUUUUAGAAAGUGCAUAUUACAUAAGGAUAGCUUAAAGGAAUACAUUUGUUUUCAUAACCGAUGGAUUUUUGUACUGUUCUAAAAGGUGUCAGAUAUAAUAAUUUAGUGGCUAACAGAAGUCAGAACACCCCCUCAAGGCAAUGUGGUCUUGUGAGUAGCUUCCACUGUUUUGGGUUGUUGCCCCCUUUUUUUGGGGGGGGGGAG